UGGACAGGAAUGAGCUCAAGAAACACUUCGAUCAAACGAGAGCGAACCGUCUUGACCAUAAAGAAUUAGUAAGAAAAUAUAUAUUCCAGCUGUCAAUGACAUGUAAAGUUACUUUUUCCUGUCUGCUUGUAGAAGUAACUUAAAUGUCUUUGCAAAUUAACUCAGCAUGUCUGUGGAAGUAACUUUUUCUGUUAUAUUGACAUGAAAUGUUAUUCUGAAUCACUUUUUAUUAUCCUUUUAUACUUACUAAAUUAUGAUUAUAUUUACUGAAAAACCUUUUUUCCACUCCCCUCCCUCUUUUCACUUGAAUGCAGGCAUUUUUUCCCAUUCUCCAGGAAUUGGGUAAUGGGAAUCAUAAGGCUGGUCACUAUUUCGUGGUGUGCCUUAAUCUGAAAGCUGAAAGAUUCGAGGUUUAUGAUUCGCUGAGGGGAGAAGAUGACGAAGCGCUGAUUUCAGCAUAUCAUCUUGUUGUUGCAUCCAUCAAGACCAUGUGGGAUAGGUUUUACAUGAGGUCUUCGAAGAAAACCAUCCAGAAUUACCCACUGAUUUUCAUUGAUGGCCCAAAGCAAGAUAACAUCCGGGAUUGUGGUUUUUAUAUGCUGAAAUUUGUGGAGUUGUGGGAUGGCAAACAGUUGCCAGCAUUUGAACCAAGUGACAUCCCCAACAUUAAGAAACUACUUACACACAAGAUGCUCUCGUUUCAAGGAAAUCGUGUGCAAUGGAUGCAAGUAUUAUGGGGCAAAGAGCCUGAUCCUACACUUAAGUACAAGAUGAAAUUGAGACGCAACUAGGUGAUGCAUCAUGCUGUAUAUAGAAACAAGUAGCACUAGAAAGUGAAUUUGGGGUAUAAAGGAAGACAGAAAUCAAGAAGGAAGACAGAAAACAAGAGUACAGCUCAUUACUCACAAAAUUACAGCACAGAUUCAUAUCAAUUUGUUUCUCGAAGAAUACAGAGAAGAUCUAAAAGUUUCUAGGUUAGUUCUUUUUUUUUUGUGGAUGGAUCUCAAAGAAGACGGAAUUUGAACUUCAUGUGUACUUUACCUAGAUAUUUUUUCUUGGAUUUUCUUCUCCUCCUUCCCCUCUUCCAAGAUGGCGAUUUUUUUCUGAUUUUUACCGCCGUGGCGGCUGUGUGUGGAUUGAUGUCACCGGAUGGGUUGGAGUGAGGGAGAGAGGCGCAUUGCGCUGUUUUAGGUGGGGCCCACGCCAGCUAGCGAGGCGUUGCACGGUGCUUGCGCGCGCAAGCGCGCUCUUUCCUUUUUUAGCGAUGGCGCGCGCGGGGGCCCUGGUUUAGCGAGCGCAGAAUCACCAGAUGUGCGCGUCGCGCGAUAGCCCUAUCGCGAUUUAGAUUAUACGAAUUAAGAAGGCGUAACUAGGGGAUGUAAAUUCAACUAUAUGUUAAAGUAACUUUCAUGCUCCUAGGAAGUAACUUACUGAAGUGUUAGAAGUAAGUUUCUGUUAAAAUUGCUCUGAGAGCCUACUA